UGACGUUAAACGCAUGUUUCUGCUCGGUCAGUGAGUGUGACAAUUGUUGUUUUAAAGGCGCUCAGCGAACUGAACAGGUACAGGAUGCUACGUCUGCGUUGCAAAGCCAAGAACGGGACCCAUCUGAUGCAGGGCCUUACACACCAAUCUUGUGUUCAGGAGCUUAAAGAUAAGAUCGAGGAGCUGACAGGAAUACCGUGUGAUGUACAGAAGAUCAUGGUGGGUUAUCCACCAUCCAGCCUAGAUCUACGCAAUGGUGAAGCCCACCUAAAAGACUACCCUAUAAAAUCAGGAGACACGCUGAUUGUGGAGGAGGAGAAGAACAAACCCAAACCCCAAACGCAAACCGCUGUGUUCAAAGGGCCCAGUCUUGACCUGUCCCCGAUUCUGGAGCGCCAUGUCGUCCCAGCCGACAACUCUUGUCUGUUUACCAGUGUGAACUACGUUAUGGAAGGAGGUGUUUACGACCCAGCCUGUGUGCCUGAAAUGCGCGGGCUCAUUGCACAGAUUGUAGCUAGUGACCCCACCGCGUAUUCCGAGGCAGUAUUGGGCAAGACUAAUGAGGACUAUUGCACCUGGAUCCGUCGUGAUGACACGUGGGGAGGCGCUAUUGAGGUUUCAAUCCUCUCUAAGUUCUUCCAGUGUGAGAUCUGCGUCGUUGACACUCAGACUGUACGAGUCGACCGCUUCGGCGAGGAUGCGGGUUACACCAAACGAGUGCUACUUAUUUAUGAUGGUAUUCAUUAUGACCCACUCCAGAAGGUGGUGCCAAAUUCAGAUGUCCCCGCACAGACGGUUUUCUCCACUACCGAUGAUGUAAUCUUGGCCCAAGCGUUGGAGCUCGCGGAUGAGGCACGGAGGAAGCGUCAGUAUACAGACGUCAACCGCUUCACUCUGCGCUGCAUGGUGUGCCAAACUGGCCUGGUGGGGCAGAAGGAAGCAAGGGAGCAUGCCAAGGAGACAGGCCACACCAACUUUGGGGAGGUGUGAUGCCCUUCGCUCUGUUUUUGAACCCCCCCCCCCCCACACACACACUUUUACCACUGCCACAACACCUGACAUGGUACCCGCUCUUUCACUGCAGCCUGUUCCAGCUUGGUACAGUCUUCUACCUCACAUCGUCUAGCGGCUUCAGAAGACUUUCACUUGUCGAGUUCUCAGAUUGUUCAGUAUUCUUUUAACUUUGCUUUACUCUUGAGGUUGAAGUAUUAAAUGUGCUUGUGUUUUUAGCCUCUUAGCCAGAAAUCCAGAAGCCGUAUCUUCAAACCAAAUUUUAAAGGGAUUCUCCACUGACUACCUGUUUGUUAUAAUGAUUACGAUACUAGUAUUAGGGUGAAUUUUGUAAAACACAUCCAGGUCAUAU